CGAUAAACGUGGGCAGCUGCCUGAAUAUAAAGCACAGCGUUCUCCGCCUCCUUAGCGAAGAGUUGCGGUCAAGCAACGAGCCACUGCGCACCAUGAAAGCCAUCCUUCGUCUUCUGGCUGCUGUACUUCUCGCGGGAGCUGUAUCUGCUGCUGCGGAGACAAAAAAGAAAAACGACAAGAAGGAUGACGGCAAAAUAGAGGGCCGUGGACUGCUUCAUCCCGGCGCUGGCGCAGUAGUCUUUCCUGGCUUCCCUGGAGUCUGUCCACCGUGCCCUUGCGGCUACGGCGGUGCUGUUGGUGGUAUAGGAGGUGGCUAUGGAGGCGGCUAUGGCGCAGGAGCCGGUGGAGUAGGAGGUGGCUAUGGAGCUGGCUAUGGCGCAGGAGCCGGCGGAGUAGGAGGUGGCUACCGCGGAGCUGCCGGUGGAGUAGCCGGCGGCUACGGCGGAGCCGGUGGUGGAGCUGCGGGUGGAGCUGCGGGUGGAGCUGCGGGUGGAGUAGGAGGCGGCUACGGUGGAGCUGGCGGUGGAGCAGCCGCUGGAGCAGCCGGUGGAGCAGCCGGUGGAGCAGCAGGCGGCUACGGCGGAGCUGCCGGGGGUGCUGCCGGUGGUGCUGCCGGCGGAGUAGCGGCCGGCGGAGCAGCAGGUGGCUACGCAGCCGGUGGAGCUGCCGGUGGAGUGGGUGGCGGCCGCGGUGUGGCCGGGGGUGCUGGAGGCGCCGGUCUCGUUGGUGGAGCGGCGGCCGCCUCUGGGUUCAAGGGUGGUGCCGGAUUCAAGGGUGGUGCCGCAGGCCAGCAGGCUGGCCAGGGCAGCUUCGCCUAUAACGUCGGAGGGUCGGACAAGAUGGAGUACGGCCACAGCAGCUCUUAUGGUGACUCCAAGAGCUUCGGCAUGAGCUCCAGUGAAGGCUUUAACAGGGCCCAGGGACAAGGUAGCCAAGGAGGCGCCUUUAAAUCGCACGCUGCGGGAGCUGGCGGAGCGGCGGCAAGUGCCGGCGCCAAGGUUGUCGGCUAAGACUACAUCAUUUGCAGUUGCGCAUAGGACUGAAAAUCCAAGGCGUCCUAAGGCUUGUACCGGUGAACCAGGGCCAUCCUACAUUUACCUCUACAGCCAACUUCCUUCAACACUGUACAGAGCAUAUUCAUCAACUAUAAUGUAAAAAGACGUCAAAUUCCACUUAAGUGUAAUAAUUACGUGCUACCUGUUUCCAAUGAAAUAAAAUACAGUAAUGAAACAUUU